AGGAGAAGCCAAAACACCACAUUAUCUUGACAACCAUCAUUACAGUGUCUUGAGAGAAGUUAUUCUUGGUUCAAUGUCCGGACUUUUAUUUUGAAAUAACGGACGUUUGUUGCUGUAACGUUCGGCCGGAGUGCACCGAAAGGCUCUAUCGAUUUAUGAGGUGCUUUGAUUUUAAUAGUUUGAUUUUAAAUGAGUGAUAAAAGCGAGAGUAAUUAUGAUAAAAGCAGAAAUCGUAGCGUGGUGUAUGUUUACAGUCCGGAGUACAUCCAGAUAUGCGACUCGCUGUCUAAAGUGCCAAACCGGGCGAGUAUGGUGCAUUCAUUGAUUGAGGCGUAUGGCUUAUUAAAAUACAUGAGGGUGGUGAAGCCUCAUGUGGCUUCAAUAGAGGAGAUGGCCGUGUUUCACACAGACUCUUAUCUACAGCACCUGCACAAGAUCAGCCAGGACGGGGACAAUGAUGAUCCUCAGUCUGUUGACUUUGGACUAGGUUAUGACUGUCCGGUGGUGGAGGGUAUUUUUGAUUACGCGGCUGCCGUUGGAGGAGCCACUCUGACUGCUGCCCAGAAUCUCCUUGAUGGAAAGAGUGAUGUGGCCAUCAACUGGGCCGGAGGGUGGCAUCACGCCAAGAAGGACGAGGCUUCUGGGUUCUGUUAUGUGAAUGACGCUGUUCUUGGAAUCCUCAAACUGCGCGAGAAGUAUGAGAGAGUUCUCUAUGUGGAUGUGGACCUUCACCAUGGAGAUGGUGUGGAGGACGCUUUCAGCUUCACCUCUAAAGUCAUGACAGUGUCUCUGCACAAGUUCUCCCCUGGCUUUUUCCCAGGCACAGGUGAUGUGACUGACACUGGGCUGGGUAAAGGACGCUGGUACGCUGUUAACGUCCCCCUCGAGGAUGGCAUCCGUGAUGAUCGGUACUGCCAGACCUUCACUAGUGUGAUGCAGGAAGUCAAAGCUCUGUUUAACCCUGAAGCAAUUGUGAUGCAACUUGGAGCGGACACCAUGGCGGGUGACCCCAUGUGCUCCUUCAAUAUGACUCCGGUUGGAGUCGGAAAAUGUCUGAACUAUAUACUGGACUGGGAGUUACCCACUCUGCUUCUAGGUGGAGGCGGCUAUAACCUUGCCAAUACUGCCCGCUGCUGGACCUAUCUAACGGGGACCGUCCUGGGACAGACUCUGUCUUCUGAGAUCCCGGACCACGAGUACUUCACUGAAUACGGCCCGGAUUAUUCCCUGGAGAUCAGCCCGAGCUGCCGGCCCGACCGCAAUGAGAGCCAGCAUCUGGAGCGGGUCAUCAGCACCAUCAAAGGGAAUCUGAAGAAUGUAGUUUAGCAGUGGGCUCCCAGCUCAUGUUUCCAAAUCAGGCCCUGCUCCUCUAAUGAAGACAGUAUGUCAGAGCCAUCGCCAGAGGGGAGCUUGGAAAACAUUACUUGAAUGUUUCCAGG